AUGACAACUUCAACAAACCCACAAGAACAAGCGUACCUCGACUUGUGUAAACGGAUCAUUGAAAAUGGCGAGAAUAGACCCGACAGAACGGGAACAGGCACAAAAUCGCUCUUUGCGCCGCCUCAAUUGAGAUUCGAUCUCUCCGAUGACACAUUCCCCUUGUUAACGACGAAACGUGUAUUUUCAAAAGGAAUUAUUCAUGAGUUGCUCUGGUUCAUAGACGGAUGCACGGAUGCGAAGAAGCUUUCGGAGAAGGGCGUGAAAAUCUGGGAGGGAAACGGGUCCAGAGAUUUUUUAGAUAAGUUAGGUCUCACCGACCGCCGCGAGGGUGACUUGGGCCCGGUGUAUGGCUUCCAAUGGCGUCAUUUUGGCGCUGAGUAUAAGACUUGUGACGACGACUACACGGGCCAGGGCUUUGACCAGCUUCAGGAUGUGAUUCACAAGUUGAGGACAAACCCAUACGACAGAAGAAUCAUCAUGUCUGCGUGGAACCCACCUGAUUUCGCCAAGAUGGCAUUGCCUCCGUGCCAUGUGUUUUGCCAGUUUUAUGUGAACUUCCCUAGUGGCCACCCUGAUGCGAAUUCUAACAAGCUGACCAAGACUGCCAGGCCGAAGCUAUCCUGCCUCCUUUACCAAAGAUCUUGUGAUAUGGGUCUAGGCGUUCCUUUCAACAUUGCCUCGUACGCUUUGUUGACGAAAAUGAUUGCACAUGUAGUGGAUAUGGACUGUGGGGAAUUCAUUCACACUUUGGGCGAUGCUCACGUUUACUUGGACCAUGUCGAGGCAUUGCAAACACAGUUACAGAGAGAGCCCAAGAAGUUCCCCAAGCUAGUGAUCAAGGAUUCCCGCAAAGCCGAAAUAACAGAGAUUGAUCAGUUUAGGUUUGAGGAUUUUGAAAUCAUUGGCUACGAGCCUUAUCCUGCCAUCAAAAUGAACAUGAGCGUGUAA